AUGGACGAUUCAGCUGUCGUACAUGAUGGACAAGAAGAAUAUCCAAGCAAUCAAGAAAUCCAACAGUUUCAACACCUCUUAGAUGGCGUUCAACGUUUCAUUUCAAUGCGUUUACGCAACAAGCCUACUCCAGAUACCACUCCAAAUCGAGACCAUGCGGUUGUUAGUGCCACAAAAUGUUUGGCUGCCUUCUAUCGAUUGAACGAAAAGCGCCGGUUUGUGAAAUUCGAAGCUUUCUACAAUGAUACAUUGAACGAGCAGCUGGAAAUCAAAGAAGACUUUCCUCAAUUCAAAGAUAGAAAAGGCUUUUCAUUUUGCGACUAUCCAUUCAUACUCAAUUCAGCUACCAAAGCGGACAUUCUGAAAGUGGAAAGCAUGUUUCAAAUGAGACACGAACUACAAGAUGCAUUUUUCCGUGCAUUAUUUCAAGGUGUCAAUAGUCCAUACCUAGUUCUGGAAAUCCGCAGGGAUCAUAUUAUUCAUGAUGCACUAUACCAGCUUGAAACGAAAUCAACACAAGACCUCAAAAAGCAGUUGCGGAUACAAUUCGUUGGUGAAGAAGGUAUAGAUGAAGGCGGUGUUCAAAAAGAAUUUUUCCAACUUAUUGUUCGCGAGCUGUUCGAUCCAAAAUACGGAAUGUUCAUGUUUGAUGACGACUCAAGAUUGUGCUGGUUCAAACCAGACCCAACGGAUGAUCAUGUCGCGAUCAGUGAAUACAAACUUGUCGGGAUGCUACUUGGCCUGGCUGUCUACAACAGUGUGAUAUUGGAUGUACAUUUUCCACUAGCGCUGUACAAAAAGCUCAUGGACGUACCGGUGAAUUUGCAAGAUCUUCGUCAGCUUGACCCUGGACUUGGAAGAGGCCUUCAGCAACUGUUGUAUUACGAAGGAAGCGUAGAAGGCGCAUACGAUCGAUCUUUCCAAAUCGAUAAAGAUGUGUGGGGAUGCAUCAACACAUUUGAUCUGAAGGAAGAUGGAGCAUCUGUUAAACUGACAAACGACAACAGACAGGAGUUUGUCCAAUUAUACACUGAUUAUGUUCUCAAUCAAUCUGUGGAGAAACAAUUCAGCGCAUUUAGAGACGGAUUCAACCUGGUUUGCGUUGACAGCGCCAUAAAGAUUUUUCGACCGGAAGAAGUUGAGCAGUUGAUUUGCGGCAGCUCAGAUUUAGAUUUCGAUGCUCUGGAAAAAGCAACUCUCUAUGACGGAGGUUGGAACAAGGAUACGCCCAUUAUCAGAGCGUUUUGGGAGAUUGUACAUGAAUUUACAGACGAGGAAAAGAAAAAACUGCUCUUCUUUGCCACAGGAUCAGACAGAGUUCCAAUAGGAGGACUAAGUAAACUACAGUUUGUAAUAGCAAAAAACGGAGGUGACUCAGACAGGCUACCAACCUCCCACACGUGCUAUAAUGUACUUCUAUUAUGUGAAUACAGUAGCAAAGAAAAGCUGCGCGAGCGGUUGCUGACAAGCAUUGGUAAUGCCGAAGGCUUCGGCAUGAUCUAG